ACCUGGUUGCACAAGCACAAGCAGGAUUAUUAAAUAACCCGAAACAUGGCUGCCUUGCAGUCUGAAGCCGCAAACAAGUUUGCACUAGAUCUUCAUACACGCCUGUCAAAUGGCGAUAAAUUUGCCGGUGAAAACCUUUUCUACUCUCCUGCAAGUCUACUGAUCGCCCUUGCUAUGACUUCUCUAGGAGCGAGGGGAAGUACUUCUUUGGAGCUAAUGAAAGUUUUGCACGUGGAUUCAGUUUCAUCGGCUGAUUUAGGUAAGAGCAUGAAGAACUUCAUCGAUAGCUUGAAUGGGGCAAGCGACGAGAACAACAAGCUUCUUAUAGCUAACCGACUCUUCGUGCAAAAGAGCUUCGAAAUCCUGCAGUCUUUUCAACAAGGAACGCGAGAGCUCUAUCACGCUGAAAUCGCUUUGGUAGACUAUAUCGCGAGUGUCGAGAGAGCCAGAGAAGAGAUUAACAAAUGGGUAGAACAGCAAACAAACGAUAAGAUUAAAGAUCUUAUUCCUUCAGGAAUGUUGAGUUCAGAUACCAGGCUGACUCUGGUGAACGCGAUCUACUUCAAAAGUGUGUGGCAACAGAAGUUCAAGAAAGAUGACACAUUCACAGGCUCAUUUUUUCUGUCACAGGAUGAAGAAAUGAAAGUUGAAAUGAUGCGUCAAGAAGGUGAUUUUAAGUUCGUGGAGUCAAAGGAUCUGGGUUGUCAAAUUCUUGAAAUGCCAUACCUGGGCAAUAAAUUGUCCAUGGCAAUCUUUCUUCCCGUCGAAAUGGAUGGUUUGGCCCAGCUGGAAAACAAGAUCACCUAUGAUACUCUGCAGCAGUCACUAUCCCAGCUUGAUGGUUCAAUGGAUGAAGUUGAAGUCAUUAUGCCUAAAUUUAAGCUGACUCAGCAGUUUGACCUCAACGACAUCUUGGCAAAGAUGGGAGUGGAAGAGAUGUUUAUUCCUGGAAAGGCUGACCUGUCUGGUAUCUCCCCUGAACCAUUGUGUGUUUCAAAGAUUGUGCACAAAGCAUUUGUUGAGGUGAAUGAAGAAGGCACUGAAGCAGCUGCAGCUACUGCCAUUGGUAUUGAUCUAAUGUGUUUACCUUUGCCAAAGCCAAUGUUCAAAGCUGAUCACCCUUUCUUGUUCCUCAUAAGACACAAUGAAUCGGGAGCCAUUCUGUUUCUUGGUCGGCUCAUGAAACCAAGUGUUGAAUAGACAACAAACAUCGACUAAAUAGUCAAAAUACAGAAAGACACUAAGUAAUUAGAUAUAAGCAUCAUGUUAUUAGGAUUACAUAUUGGUGUAAAGAACAUUUCCUUGUGAAUAAGUAACGAGAAUUAGGUGAUAGAUUAAGAUAAUAGCUUCUACUUGAUAAGUUUAGGUACUCCCGUUACCUGUUUGUUGGAUAAUGUAUGGAUAUUAUAGGGAGAAGUUGCAUGUCAAUCACUUCUGGAAGUUAAAGGGUUAUGAAAAUGAGAAUGUGUGAAGCUGAGAAUUUAAAUAACAAGUUUUGUUUUUGUAGGCAAGUACUGGUAAUAUUUUUACUAUCUUAUUUCAAAAGUGUUUUCAAAGUCCUUGAUGUUAAAGAAAAAUGCAAAUGAUUUGAAAGAAAAUGAAAUAUGGUGAUGACAGUAGGUAAAACAUUGAGAGAAAAUUAUUUCUCCUUUAUUAUAAGAUAAUACUGUUCCUUGUAAUUCAACAUUUACUGGGAUCAUCAAGUUCAUUUCAUGGUUAGGAAUGAUAUGAAUAAUUUCCAAAAAAAUUCAAAUGGUAUAGAAAUGAUAACUGAAAUAAAAAAGGAAAAAUUUAUGUGUGAAGAUUGAAAUUACACAGCUAGGUUAACAAUCUACUAUUUUAAAAUAUUUUUAAGUAUAAAACUAAUUUCUAAGAUAUUGUUCUAGAUAUUCUAAGAUAAAUUAUGAGCUUUUUCCUAAAAUUGAUCAUUUACAAGCACUUUUGAUCUCUUGA